AUGGAUCGCUCAUCUGGCCGUGAUUCCGGCCUGCGAUGGCUCUGUCCGCAGUGUCGCCAGCCGGACGGUCCCCUGCGGCUAGCAGAACUUCCCCCGGAACUGUGGAUCACGAUCUUUCGCCACCUGGACAAUCUGUCGAUGUUGGAGGUGCGGUCAACCUGCCACCGCUGGAAGGACAUCGUCGAUUUGAAUUUGUGCUUGCGACAGAACUUUAACAUUGAAUUUGAACGAAAUUUUACCAUGGACCAGCGGUACUAUCCGGGGAACCUGUUUCCUGCGCCUUCUGCUUCGCUACGCGACGCUAAAAUUAUUACGGUUGACGCAUGGUGGCCAUCGUUUGGCCCAGGACUGACGGUACUCUCUUUGGGUGGCUGCGAGAUAGCACUUCCGACCCUUCUGGGAAUGCUGAAGGAAACGGCCAAUCUUACGGAAUUGAUUCUGGUAGGCAUUAAGUACACUUCCGUUGAAGAGAUCAAAGUUGAUUUUCGACUGGAGAAAUUGAGAGAUCUUAGCUGCGAGUCGGUAUUCGAUGUGUUUAUCGAUAUUUUCCCACGAUUGCGUUAUUUGAAUUUGACAACGAUGUCAGAACAUGAAGAAGACAGAGCAUGCCGUUUAUUGCAAUCGGUCCAGAGCACUUUGACGGAGUUGACGUGCUAUUUCUCACCUUCAAUGCUGGAACGGAUUGCCAGUAUGAGCCAGCUCUAUCCAACACAUGUAUUCCACCUGGGAGAAAAGAAAACGGUGGUGCAACUAUGUCAGAUCAAGAUGUUCCAGGAAUCAAUUGAAGAUUUCUGCGUUACAGCUGAUAAUGCGGCACUCUGCGAAAUUGGGCGCAAUCUAAGAAAGCUGAAGUCACUCCGCGUCGACAUAGAAUCAGACGAGACAACUUUUGUGCCAUCGUUCCUGGCCGAGAUGACCCGACUAUCGCGACUGUAUCUUUUUGGAAAACCAGCAGACAACACACAGCUGGUGAAUUUUGGACGUUUCAGAAGUCCAAACCUGGCAAACUUGCACCUAUAUUUCCUGAGAAUUGUUGCUGGCAGUUUACACAGCUAUCUUUCACAGUGUCCGAAUAUCCAAGCGAUAAAUAUGGUAAACUGUGUGGUGGAUAGUUGGGCUGACAUUUUUGCACCACGAUUUGCAUCAUUACGCCGUCUAUAUCUAGAACAAAUAACUGCCACGCAAAACGGUGCAAGCAUUCCCAACCUGGCAUGUAAUUUGCAGGAGUUGAGAAUUUCAAAAAGUGGCAUUCCCAUUCAAGUGCUCAUCCAGUUUAUUUUACGAUGCCCCCAGUUGGAAAUCCUGAACUUCUACUUCAUGGAAAACAUCACCGACGAGUUGGUGCUCGUUUUGGAUCGAUUGCCAAAACUGAGAAAGUUUUCAAUUUACAAAGGAGCCCUGACGGACAUCUCCGUGGAUUUUAUCAUCGAAAAAUGUCCCCGUUUGGUUGUGGACAUCUCAGGCGAUCAGAUGAUAUCGAAGACUGGCAACCGUCGGCUCAAGGAUUUUGCGCGAUUUUGUUAACCGCGUGACUUAGCAGUGAACAGAGCUGAAAUUUUGUCAUGUUUGCUAAUAAGAGCUAUGUUGAACUC